GGGGUAAACCACUAUUAGAAAUCAUUGUACAUUUUUUGGGUAAUCACCUGGCAAUACAUGGGAAUCAACUUGGGAAUCCAUAGGAAUCACAUGGAAAUCAUGGGAAUCACAUAGAAAUCCAUGGGAAUCACAUAGAAAUCCAUGGGAAUCACAUAGAAAUCCAUGGGAAUCACUUGGAAAUCCAUGGAAAUCAAUGUGGAAAUCCAUAGAAAUAACCUCACUUUUUAAUAUCACUUGUGUUCACACAUGUUUUAGCUGCCUUGUUUUUGUUUAGAUUUUGUGGGUUUUUGAGUGUUUUUAGUGCUAAAAAAUUACAAAACUGGUAAGUAAUACUAAUUCUUGAGUAUGGAAUUUAAAAAAUAUGUGAUUGUACCGACAUUAUCAGCAUCUUUAGCUAAUAAUCUAGUUGAAUUGUUUAGAUUUGUUUGAUUUGCAUCUAUGUAAAUUUAAAGGGUCAAUAUUGCAUUCACUGUAUUUAAAUUUAUUAAUUUGUAUUUAUUAUUAACAAACCCAGCAAACAUUCUGGCUUCUUUGAUUUCCAACCAGGCCCUAUAAAUUUUACAUUUUUAAUGAUAACUAAUUUAUACCUUUCUUGUUAGGACUAGCUGAACUAACAUUACAUAAUAAUUAAAAUAAAAUAAAAUUAUUAUGAACAGUGUAAAAGUUAGAGAGUAUGGCUUAAGUACGUCGUUGCAAUCAAACUGUGCUCGAAUCUGACAGCACUGUUAUAAUGUAUCUAAUAAGAAUAGGUACUAUAUAUACUCCGAGAUAUACUCGUAAAAAGGCAUUGCUUUAUUUAAGAGUUAGAUUUGUUAUUAUUUUCAGGUUACUUACGAUGGAAUAUAUUAAUGGUUUGUUAAAAAGUUUUGAAGCUGAAGUUCCCGCUUAUCUCAAAUCACUUCUUAUAUACAACGGAUUUGAUAAUUUAUAUUCCCUUUCACAGUUUAAUAUUGAUGAAGACAUUGAGAGAAUGGAGUGUUAUGCAAGGGACGUCCUUUCAAAGGUAUUGAAAGGAGAAGAAAAAAAAGCAAUGUUUGGAAUUGUCAGCGAAGAAUGCUCUCUAUUUAAAAUUCCGGAAGGCCAUAAAAAGCUUUUGCGCUUUGUAAAGGAAGAAUCAGAAAAAAAAAUUAAACUGCUAAAACGUCCACUUCUUUGUGAAAGGUCUGAAGGCUGUCCAGCUGAAAAAACUUUCCCCAAAAAGAGAAGAACAGUGACAAAUAAAAGUACAUCUCGAUCUGAGAGUGGUAAUGAAGGCGAUGGUUUUUGUACUCCAAAUGAUGGUUGUGUUUCUCAAGAUGAAGAGCAAGUUAAUUAUGCGAUGCAGCAUGUUUUAAAUAUUAGUCGAAGCUAUAUCGAUAAAUUUUCACGAAAUGAAUUCGACAAAGGCAAAAUUAGUGAAGAACGAUUACAAGAUGUUUUAAAUAAUUCCAAAAACCUUAAAGUCAAAAUGGAUGGUGAAUUUACUGCAAAAAUAUCUUGCCCUUUAUGUACAUUUAUUUCUUCAGCCUAUUCAGUGAAGAACUCCAAAACCGGAAGAAAAUGGGUGAUUUCAAACUUCCUGAGACAUUAUAAAAUACAUUUUAAAGAUGAUGGAACCAACUUAACUAAAAAAUUACCGAUUAAACCGCAGAAACCCGAAAUUCAGACCACUAUACUUAACUUUAUAAAAAAAGAUGCUAAUAAAAAAUGUGACUUAAACCAAGAUUUUGAAGAUCCAAGAGGAAAUCUCUUUGACCUAACCGAUUCCAAUACAGAUUUAAAUUAUGGAGCUUCGACAUCAUCUGGAUUGCACUUGGAAUUGACUACUGAAUUGAGUCAAAAGUUACCAUAUCAUCAAACACAAAUAACAACUUUUCUAAAUACCAUAAAUCAUGCCAUAGACACUAACCCAGAAGUUACAAACACCCUAAGUAUCCUUACCGAAAAUCAAGGCAUUAAUAAAUUUAAUUAUGGCACCAAAGGCCUACUAAAAUAUCUAUUAGACUCAGCAAUAAGAAACUCUAAAAAUAAAUCAGGACACACAAAUAAAUUUGAUGAUGGAAUGAAACGAUUCUGGCUUUAUAUAUUCAUUAGCGCAGGAAGGAUGAGUUAUGAAAUAUUGCACUCAAAUUUAAAAAAUAUACUGCCUUCUGUCACAACUAUUCACAGACAACUAGAAGAAAUGAAUAAUAUAUUAGAGGGUGAAGUGAGAAUUGAAGACUUAAAACUUUAUUUACAAAAGAGAAAUUAUCCACCCAUAAUUUUUAUAUCCGAAGAUCAAACUGCACUCAUCAAAAAAGUCCAAUAUGAUUCAGCUUCAAAUCAAAUGGUUGGCUUUGUAGCACCUUUACAGGAACAGACGAGAUUUCCUCGCAUUAACAAAUUCCCAGUUGAUUCAGUUAGCGACAUUGAAAAUGCUUUUAAGAAUAAAACAUUAGCAAUAAAUGCAUAUAUUUUAAGGCUCAGCCAUUAGUAGAUGGAUCACCCGCAUUUUGUAUAUCAAUAUUUGGCAGUGAUAAUAGAUUUACCUCAGAAGAUGUUUAUAAACGAUGGCAAUAUCUCAUAAAGGAAGCAGGAAAACAUGGAAUUACAAUUUUGGGCUUUUCAAGCG